AUGUCAACAGUUCCAGUUAGUGAAUUAACCAAAGAACAAAGGGAGGAAUUGAUGUGCGUUUAUUCCUCACUUGUCCUGUACGAUGAUGGAUUAGAAGUUACUCAAGAUAACAUCCUUAAACUAGUUAAAGCAGCAAAAGGAGACAUGCAACCAUUUACUCCAAUGCUUUUCGCACGAGCAUUGAAGGGAAAAGACCUAGGUUCAUUAUUAUCAGCCGUUGGAUCAGGUUCCGCUGCAGCACCUGUUUCAGCAUCCGCCUCAUCGGCAGCCGCACCCGAAGAAUCUGCAAAGAAGGAAGAACCAAAGGAAGAGGAAGAAGACGAAGAUAUGGGAUUCUCACUCUUUGACUAA